UGGACGACUCCAUUGAUGUCCAAGUCCAAGGCUCGGUGGCGUCUGCAGGUUGAUCGAUCGGCGGUGCCAUGGUGUCGUUCAUGAAGGUGUGCGUGGUCGGCGCCGGCGUUGCGGGGUUGGCAGCUGCCCGCGAGCUGCUCCGGGAGGGCCACGACGUGACGGUCAUGGAGCAGAGCGGCGGCGUCGGCGGGCAGUGGCUGUACGAUCCCGCGACCGACGCUGGCGACCCCCUCGGCACGGCCGGCGCGCACAGCAGCAUCUACGCCUCCCUCCGGCUCAACAGCCCCAGGGAGGUCAUCGGCUUCUCCGACUUCCCCUUCUAUCCCAAGAACGACCGCGGCGGCGACGCCCGGCGCUUCCCGCGACACGGCGAGUUCCUGAGGUACAUCAGGGACUUCUGCGACGCGUUCGGGCUCAUGGACGCCGUCAGGCUCAACACCCGUGUCGCGCACGUCGGCAUGGCGCCGCGCAGCGACGACGGCGGCAUCCUGGGGUGGGAGGUGAGGUGCGCCAAGCAAGGUGAGGGUAACGAGGUGGUAACGACGGAGGAGGUGUUCGACGCCAUCGUCGUCGCUGUCGGCCAAUUCACGCAGCCAAGGAUCCCGACCAUCAACGGCAUGGACAAGUGGAGCAGGAGGCAGCUACAUUCCCACUCGUACCGGGUUCCCGACUCGUUCCACGGCGAGGUGGUGGUGAUCGUCGGCUGCCAUGAGAGCGGCAAGGACAUCGCCCUGGAUCUUCGCGAGGUGGUGAGGGAGGUGCACAUCAGCGUCAAGCCCAUGGCCGGCACCAUCUCCCCCGGCAUGUCCAAGGCGGUGUCCAAGCACCCCAAUCUUCACCUGCACCCCGAGAUCGAUUGCUUGUGCGACGACGGGCGGGUGGUGUUCGUUGACGGCUCCGGCGUCGUCGCCGACGCCAUCAUCUACUGCACGGGAUACGACUACUCAUUCCCGUUCCUGGACACGGCCGGACUUGUCACCGUCGACGACAACCGCGUCGGCCCGCUGUUCGAGCACACCUUCCCGCCGGCGCUGGCGCCGUGGCUCUCGUUCGUGGGCGUGCCCAGGAUGGUGAUCCUGCCGCGUUUCUACGAGAUGCAGGCGAGGUGGGUGGCGCAGGUGCUGUCCGGACGGAUGGCGCUGCCGCCGGUGGAGGAGAUGCUGCGCACCGUCGAGGAGUACAACCGCGCGAGGGAGGCCGCCGGCGUGCCCAAGCGCCUCACGCACGCCGUCGGCUUCGACUUGGAGCUGUGCGACGAGUUCGGGGAGAAGCGCUGCGGGUUCCCGCGACUGGAGGACUGGAAGAAGGAGCUCUUCUUGUCCGCCAUCACAUCAUUGCUCGACGAUGCGGAGAGCUGGCGUGACGACUACCUCGACAGCGACAUCGUCCUGGAGGGCUUGCGCUCGCAGGGCUGGCUCACCGGGCGGUCGCCGCAUGACAAGGACGACGACGGGGCCGCCGGAGAAAGGGCACCAAAGCCACAGACCCAUUCGUGAUGCAUGGUAGUAGCAAGUACAAACCCUGAUGGUAUUAGAGCAGCUCCAAUGUAGGAAUUUUAGGGGUGCUCUGAAAGUUUCAGAAAUAAAUUCUCUAUGGCUAGACGCUAGAGAUCAGACGAGGGUGCUAGUAUGAGCACUACCUUAGCUGUGCAGCUUGCUUUUGUACCCGGUGCUUUAAAUAAAAUAAUAUUGUGCUAUGGUAA